AUGCGCUACCAAAGAGAUAGUGGCUUAUAUGGUGCGUUGAUAGUACGCGAAGCAGAAACGCCCUUUCCGAUCUUCUCAGAAACAUUUGAAGACCAACCUGAGAGAAAGACAAUGGCUAUAUUAGAUACCAUGAUAAAUCCACAAACAUCGUUCAUGGGACGCACCUCGGUUUUGCCUCGGUAUUGCUUGCCAGACGGGUCAGGCAUACCAGUGCAAUUUGAUUAUAUCCAGUUCCAAAUGAAUGGCCAGCGUCUUCCUAGACGUGCCAGUUUUGCAGGUUUGAACUCGCAGAUAGAAUUUUACGUGGUUGGUGGUAAGAACUAUCGUUUUCGAAUCAUUGCAGCGACGGAGGAGAACAUUUUUGUGAUCAGCAUAGAUCAGCAUAAAAUGCAUGUGAUGGCGACGGACGGGUAUUUAGUAAAACCAUUUGAAACGGAUUAUCUUGUCGUGCACGUUAGUGAACGAUAUGAUUUUAUUUUGAAAGCCAAGGAAGGCGUGUCGCCAGGUUCUAAAUUUCCAAUCAGGAUUCAGUCACUCGCAGUUCUUUGCAAUGAUAAUACCAAGCUAGCUGGGGAAAGUUACGGUUUUCUGGUGUACACAAAUGGAUUUGUGCCAAUGAGACCUGCACUUCGUGAAAGAUUGAUAGUUCAGAAUGGUCGGUGUAAUGAUAAAUCCAAUCCAUGCAAGGUGCUGAAUUGUCCUUUCGGGAAAAUGCCAAAUGAUUAUUCUAAUCCAGGUACAUAUAUGACAUGCUUUAAUGUACUGGCCCUUCAGUUAUUGAUUCCUACCCCACAAGGUGAAUAUCCAAGUUCAGUAGUUGACCGUAAAAAUGAAUUUUUCUUUAACUUUCAUCAAACGGCGGAGGGAUUGAUUAAUGGCAUUAAGUUUGAUUUUCCUGAAGAGCCUAUACUUAUAAGUAAGAAAAUUAUAAAUGAAUGCGCAUAUCCGGUAAGAUGUAACAAAAUUGGACGACGGCAUUGCCGACAUACAGUCUAUUUAGAAAAUUACGGUAGCUCUACAAGAUUUGUGCUUUCUUCUCUUCGUCUGCCAGUCCCCAUUACGCAUCCAAUCCACAUGCACGGACACUCGUAUUUCAUUGCUAAAAUUGGCUACCCUGAAUACGACGAGAGUGGACGUAUCACGGCCCCGAACAAGGAUCUAAAGCUGCCUUCAUGCGGGCACGCAACAUGGAGCGAUGGCACCCCCGGCGGGAUUGUUGUGAACAGUACUACAGUCCGUAAAGACGCAAUCAUAGUGCCCGCUGGUGGUUAUGUCGCUAUUCAUCUUCUUCAAAAGAACCCAAGAUGGUGGUUCAUGCAUUGUCAUAUUGAUUACCAUCUCAAUCAUGGAAUGGCGAUUGCAAUCGGUGAAAAUCCAACCAUGGCGAGCACACCUCCCGAUCCACUGUACAAUGUCACGGAGGAAUUUUGCUUCACCCUGCAAACAUUUCUUCUUAAAGAAAGUAGUAACGGCUGA